AUGGCUGGUCUGAAUAUCUCAAUUGCCUUUUUUGCCUCUGUAGUAGCCCUUUGUGAGGUGACCAGAUGGAUCUCCAAAAGAAUUUUUCCCUCUAUGGUAUAUUUAUGUCUUGCUAGAGAACUGGCCAGUUCGUUCCAGAUGUGUGCUUGCUGCCUUGAACUGAAGAUGUUGGUGAUGAUUGGUCCCUGGGGCGGUGGCUUUGGCCCAGAUGUGAGCCUGACUCUCCUCUUCCUUAUAUUCUUGGUUCAUGGAGCCUCGUUUGAUGGAGCUUCUGCUAAUCCUACUCUCUCACUCCAGGAAUUUCUUGUGUUGAAUUCUUCCUUUGUGGUGACGGUUGUCAAACUUUUGGCCCAGUUCAUGGGGAUGGGAGCAGCUUGGGCUGUUACCAAGCAAUAUUGGUCAUGGGAAUUAACAGAUUUCCACAUGAUCCAGAACUUAAUAGCCCAAGACUGCAGUUCCUCUCUCAGCACAUCUGUCUCCCAGGGCAUCUUUGUGGAAGCCACAUGUUCAUUCUUUUUCCAGCUAGUGGUUCUCAGGUUCCAGGCUAGCUAUCCCAUGUACAGAAUUCCUAUCACAGCACUUGCUGUUACCAUCCUGGCCUAUACAGCUGCGCCUUUCACAGGAGCCUUUUUCAACCCUGCCCUGGCCUCAGCUGUGACCUUCCUCUGCUCUGGGAAUAGUUUACUGGAGUACAUGCAGGUAUAUUGGCUGGGACCCCUCACAGGGAUGUUGAUUGCGCUCUUUGUGUACCAAGGAAACAUCCCACGACUCUUUCAAAGAAACCUGAUCUACAAUCAAAAGAACAAAUAUAGAACACCCAAGGGAAAAGUAAUUCCUGUGUCAGGCACCCAAAGGAGACAGGCAAAAACAGAGAAGACCAGCUGUUAAGGAUCAACAGAAAGAAAAGGCUGAAAGAGAUGGGCAAGGGUGUCCUUUCAUUCAGUACUUCUUUGCAUGAUAACUUAAAAAUAACAACAACAUUCAAUUUAUAUACUGCCCUUCAGGACAACUUAACGCCCACUCAGAGCAGUUUACAAAGUAUGUUGUUAUCCCCACAAAAAUCACUCUGUGAGGUGGGAAGAACUAAGAGAGCUGUGACUGACCCAAGGUCGCCCGGUUGGCUUCAAGGGGAGGAGUGGGGAAUCAAACUUGGUUCUCCAGAUUAGAGUCUUGCCGAUCUUAACCAGUACACCACUACACCAAACUGGCUCAAAAAGGGAUGUUUAGCAUUAUGAGAAUUUCUGAGGUCAGUUAUGGUGGACUUGCACUGGAAAGAAAAAAGGGAGACUCCAGUCAAAGGUGGUUAUAUUGCAUUGUGCAGGGCUGGGCGUAUUCUGUGAAAGGCUAAAGAAAUUCUAAAGAUGGGACACUCUGAGUAUACCAUACAUUCAGUCCUUCUUCCCAGUUUUUGGGAUAUGUAUCAUAUUCUAUUGUUCUUGUGAGAGUUUUCUGUAACACUCUCUGUUGUCCUCAGCUACAGAAAGUUAGCUGUCUAUAAGUUCUGUGGUAAUGGCUAUAAGCGAUGUGCAGGUCUAGAAUGGAUGUUUUAAUAAAAUAUUGAUGCCUUAUCAUUCAUUUGAUUUUCUGUGGAAAUAGAAACUUCAUGGGAAAACUGUAAUAGGUCUUCCUUGCACUCAUUUCCUUGACAAAGGUCCUUUUUAUUUUGCACUCUUCUCCAUAUUAUGAACUGAACUGGAGACUCCCUAGUUGUUCACUGCAAGCCCUGUGGUUAUGAGGUGGCUCUGGAACUAGUGUAAUGUCAGUAUGUUCAGUGUGCUGUCUCUCUGUACCUAUCAAGCUUGGGGUAUUUAGGGACUACUCCAAGAUGUUUUGAAGACCAAACAUACCAAAUGGUGACUUCUGCCUCCCCACAGUAAAUAUAUUGCCCAC